GAGCCUUGCCAGUGCAAUGCCUCCAAACACUCCCACAAUCCUACUUUUCGUGCAAAAUACAGUAAAACUUGUUGCCAAAAGAAAGGAAAAAAAGAAAGAAAAGAAACUCAAGUACCCAGAAAUACUGUUCCUUGAAGAGCAACAAUUCAAAGAAUGGCAGCAUCAUCCUCUUACAUGGCAUCCACCAAGUUCUCCAUGUUAGGCUGGCUAGGAAAAGGCAAUAAAUUCAGCAAAAGCAACAGCAACAGCAGUCCAUUCACCAUUUCAGCUCAGCAGCAAGCACAAGUCCAAGAACAAGAAGACAUGAAGGCACAAGAAGCAGCCGCCCCAGGACAAGAGAAGGCGAAGCAGCCGGAAGGGACGAGACUGAGGCCGGUCGAGCCGCAGGUGAACGUUAAGAGCAAGAACAUGAGCCGCGAGUACGGGGGGCAGUGGCUGAGCAGCGCGACGCGGCACGUGAGGAUUUACGCCGCGUACAUCGACCCGGUCACCUGCGAGUUCGACCAGAGCCAGAUGGACAAGCUCACCCUCAUCCUAGACCCGACCAAUGAGUUCGUGUGGUCCUCGGAGACCUGCAACAAGGUCUACGCCUGCUUCCAGGAGCUCGUUGAUCACUACGAGGGUGCGCCACUGACGGAGUAUACUCUUCGGCUGAUCGGGUCAGAUGUAGAGCACUACAUAAGGAAGCUGUUGUACGACGGAGAGAUCAAGUACAACAUGAAUGCCAGAGUGCUCAAUUUCAGUAUGGGAAAGCCCAGGAUUAUGUUCAACAAUAACAACCUCGACGGCGAAGUUCCUGAUGCACAAUGAGAAGCACGUGUGAGCGUGCACACAUGCUUACCUAAAUUGCCUUUCCUCAAUCUUCCACGAAAUUAAGAUCUUUGUAUAAUUAGGCAUUUCAUUGUAGCAAAUGAUAAGGUUGUCUCUGGAGUUUUCGUAUUUUCUCUGCUCCAAAACCUUUGUGAAUGAUCAUCGAAUAGAGGAGAACGGACAUAAAAUAAUUUCCUCAGAAA